AUGAUCAACAAUAACUGUUUUUUAAUACAGAAAUUGUACAAUAUAAUAAUAUUGUUGUGCUUUGCCAAUUUUUCUACAUUCUUUAGAUUGGGAAAAUUAAAAGAAAAAUAGAUGAUAGUCUCAGUAAUUAAUAAUUUUUCAUAUUUUAGGAUAAGAAGAUCCAGAAAAUCUUAAGAUUAUUCCUUUGA